AUGGCCAUUCCGAUUAUUGAUUCACACGUCCAUCUCUGGGCAGCCUCGCAUAUAGACACUCUUGCAUGGCACUCGCCUUCUAACCCGCUGGGCUCUCAGCAUUCCGUUGAAGAGUACCUCGAUGCAGUGCCUGCGUCCAUUACAGCACCUGUAUCGCCAUCACCAGCUCAAUACCGCUUGAAAGGCUUUAUAUAUAUCGAAACAGACCGAAUAACAUCUCUUGCCUCAAAAGGUUGGACUCACGUCCUAGAGGAGGUCUCCUUUCUCACACGUAUAGCCAGUGGAACUCCGUUGGAGAGAGAAGGACAUGUCUAUUCGGAUAAGGAGUUAUGCCUAGCAAUUGUUCCUUGGGCACCGGUUCCUCUAGGGCCAGGUGGGCUUGAACUAUACAUGAACAAGAUAAAGGAGCGGGUAGGCAAGGGUGGAGAGCCCGUAUGGGAGAAGAUCAAGGGAGUGAGAUACCUACUUCAGGACAAACCAAAUGGCACGAUGCUGGGAGAGGACUUCAUCCAGGGCCUACGAUGGCUUGGUCGACGAGGAUUAACCUUUGAUCUUGGAGUCGAUGCCAGGAGAGGCGGGUUACGGCAGCUUGAAGAAACAGCAGAGCUGGCAAAGAUAUUGUACCAACAAGGGGACCAGGUGAAGCUGAUACUGAAUCAUAUGUGUAAGCCGAACCUACGCAUAUCGCCGUCUGAAACUUGUAGCCACCCCGAAUUCAUGGAGUGGAAAGGGCACAUUGUUUCUCUGUCAGCCUAUCCAAACAUUUAUAUGAAGCUGUCUGGCCUGUUUUCUGAACUUCCACCUCUUCCAGCACAGGUAGCGGAAGAGACGGAUCUGAUAUCAUCUACUGUAGAUACUAUCCAGCCAUGGACAGAUGUCAUCUUUGACACCUUUGGCACUGCAAGAGUGAUGUUUGGAAGUGACUGGCCGGUGUGUAAUAUCGGGGGCGGCGGUAAUAUGGCAACCUGGACGAGAUGGAUGAAAGCGGUUGAGCUUCUGCUGCAGAAGAGAGGCAUCAACGACGAUUGUAAGAAGGAUGUUUGGUAUCUAACCGCUCAGAGGGCCUAUGGCAUCUCUACUACGCCUUGA